CAACAAUUUUUCGCGUUUGUCUCUUCCGGCCAUUAUAGAAGUCACUACGGCUCGCCACGAGUCUUCAAAUUUGUGUUAAAUCUUGAAAAAUAAACUUAAAAAGUUGCAAUAUUUUAAAGUUUACAUUAAAAGUAUCUUAGUGAAGUCCCGCCAAAUAAUUUUUUUAAACAUAAAAUGGCUGAUUCUAAGAAUAACGAUGUUGAGAUGAACGGUGAGGAUUUCUCUAAAGACGUCACCACAAACGAAAAUGAGAACGGUACCGGCACUAAUGGUACAAAUGGAAACGCCGAGGGUCAAUCAAAUGCUCGUGAUGACGACAGAAAACUAUUUGUUGGUGGUCUUAGCUGGGAAACUUCUGAGAAGGAACUGAGAGAACACUUUGGCAAAUAUGGUGAAAUUGAAAGCAUAAAUGUCAAAACAGACCCUCAGACCGGCCGUUCACGUGGUUUUGCUUUCAUUGUAUUUACUACCACCGAAGCCAUUGACAAGGUACACGCCGCCGGUGAGCACAUCAUCAAUAAUAAGAAGGUCGAUCCUAAGAAGGCCAAGGCGCGUCAUGGAAAGAUCUUUGUUGGUGGUCUUACAAAUGAAAUCAGUGAUGAUGAAAUCAAAACAUAUUUCAGCCAAUUCGGCAAUAUUGUUGAUGUUGAAUUGCCUUUCGAUAAACAAAAGUCUCAAAGAAAAGGUUUCUGCUUCAUUACAUUCGACAAAGAAGAUGUGGUGAAUGAAUUGCUGAAAACACCUAAGCAGAAAAUAUCUGGCAAGGAAGUUGACGUGAAACGUGCCACACCUAAACCAGAAAAUCAAAUGAUGGCCUUGCGCGGAGGUCGUGGUGGCAUUCGUGGUGGACGUGGAGGAUUUGGUCGUGGAGGAUAUCCACAAUGGCCUGGUCAGGGCGGUUAUGCUCCCUAUGGCGGUUACGCUGGUGGAUACGAUCCCGGUUAUGGUGACUACUACAGCGGUGGCUAUUACAAUGGCUAUGACUAUGGAUACGCUAGACGUCAAAACAAUCAAAAUAACGUUGUGCAGAAAGCAAAAUCAAAAAGAAUAUAAAUAAAGUGCAAUAGAUUAUUAUUUGCCCUCAACUUUUUGUGUACGCUUUGAUUUCAAAGUCCCUAAUAUUAUUUGUAUUCAUUAUUUUUAUUGAUUAUUAUUGCUUUACUUAUAAAUUAAAUACAAAACUUUUGCGUAACACUUAUUAAAUGUGUUUAUUGAAAAUUUUAUAUAUAUUAUAAAUACAAUAUAUAUAUAUUUGUGAAACUAUUACAUAAAAAAUUAGUAUAUGAAAUAAUUUUGUAAUACCGAAUUUUCUGAUGUUUCGCCUCACACCACAAACCUCUUAUACAUAACGUAUGUAUAUAUGUAUAUGCAUAUAUGUAUACUGAAAAAAACAAACUGAACUUGCUACCGUAACUCGCUACAACUAACAAUUGCAUAUAUACCUAAUUGUCAGACCAUAUUUGAAAAGUUAUGAUCGUCUAGUUGAGGCGGCGACAAUAACAGCGAGAAAUUUAAACAGUGACAAGACGAAAAACAACAAUGAACACACUAGCAAAAGAAAAAAUAAGGCAAUACAUUUCUUCUUUUUUGUUUGAAUUAAACUCACCACAUAACACCGGUUUCAAGUUAUUUUUCCUUCUUCCUGUUAAAGAUUAAUUAAUUUAUACGUAAAUGGUUUAAAUUUUCAGAAUUUAAUUUUUAAGUUAAAAAAUUGCAGAUCGAAAUUUAGACAGAUAAGAAAGUUAAGAAAUUUUGUUUUGUAAUGAAAAACUGUAUUUCUGAAAUUAAGUCAGAUUGCACAAAACUUGCUUUGCUAAAAAUUCAUUUUAAAACUUUUCGUUAUGAAGAGUUAAAACACGUGUUUGAACCAUAAAUUUAAGCAUAAAACAAGCAAAUUUAAAAAUUUUCACGAUAAAUUACAAUUGAAAAACUUGUCAAUCUGCACAGAAUAUUUAGCAAAGUGAGGUAAAAGGUCUUAAACAACAAUACGGUCUAUUUUAUUUGCAUUAAAAUCUUACAUUAAACUAAAGAUUUUCUCCAGUAAUAUUAUAUUUGCAAAUUAUUUUGAAUUCAAUAACGUUUACUUUUUUUCUUUAAUUUAUUGCAUAUAUUUGAUAUGUUUUUUGAAUAAUUGCUAUCAAAAAAAGCUACUUACACUUAUCUUCUCUUCAUAAUAAGUCAAUCAAGCACACUUAUUAAUUUUUUUGGUUCAGAUAUUAAUAAAUAAAAGUAAACAAUUACAACAUCAUAUAUCUAUUUCUUUAAUAAUUUUAAAUUUUAAAUUAGUAUUUAGUAAUGAGAAAACUUCCACAUUUAUUCAAUAUUAAAUGUUUUGCAUUAGAUUAACGUUCAAGUAUAAAAUUAGUUUUUAAACUUCAUAGUUAUUCACAUAUUUAAAAACAACAGUUUUUCAAAAAUUAAAUAUAUAAUAACAAUAAUAAAAGAAAUUUGCGUUUGCGUUUUUGUUUUUCUUGUAAAAUUUUACACUAGUAAUAAUAACUUUUAACAUAAAUAUCUUUAAAAACAAUCAAUUUAUUCAAAUUAUAAUCGAUUUAAAAUAUUUUAUAAUCCUAUACAAGUCCCAUGAGUUAUAUAUGAAAAUUUAAAAAAAAAAAAAAAAUCAAUUUAAAAUGUAAAACGCCUACCGCGACGCCGACGAAGAAGAAGAAAGCGAGAGAUGAAGUGAAUUAUUUAACUAUAAAAAAGCAUUUUUGGUGAGGUGAGACAUUAAAAACACAGAAAAGCAAGCAAAGCAGUUGCAUUUAUAACACAAAUGUACGAAAAUCGUUUCGGUGCUGAUGGCAAAAAGAAAACAGAAUUGAGAACAUAAAGAAGGCUAUUAUAAACAACUACAUAUUUCGGCAAUAUCUGCCUUAUAGCAGAACCAAAUUUCUCCAUCAAAUUACAAAAUUCAGUUUUUUUUUUUUUUUUUUUUUUACUUUAUCCACUUUGUUGAUUUUUGCCAUUGGCGUCUACCGAAAUGUGCGUUCGUUUGUAAUUUUAAAGCGAAUAUAAAUAUGAGUUUUGCAAUGAAAAUACUACUGUGUGGAAAAUGAGGUACCGUAAAAUGAAUGAAAAAAUGAAUAUAGAUAUGUAUGUAUUAUUUAUAUGUACAUAUAAUUUUUGUUUUAUCAUACAAAGUAAAAAAAAAAAAACUAAAAAUAAACAACGAGGGAGUGCAAAUGUUGAAUAAAGUUAAAAUAAAAUGGUUGAAAAGAUGUCACUUUGAAAAGGAAAAUAAAUUAAUAACAAUCGCCACAAUUAAAGGGUUGGAUUUUGAUAGCAUUUAAAAGCAAAAUUUCUUUGUCAGCCGACAUAUAUAUGUAAAAAAUAAAACACCUAAAAUUGUUGCAACAUUGAGUUCAGCGCCGUUUCGCGCCGAAUAAGCAAACACUUGCUUCUUAAUAAAUCGAAAUCAUCCCUUAAAGUGAGAAAAAUAUGGAACAUUUUAAAAAUUCUAUAAUAAAAAAUAACUAAAAUAGUUGUUAUUAAUAUCAUGAAAUUGAAGUUAUUUGAAAGUCACAAAAACAAAAAGAAAAAAAAAA